ACCCUCUCAACCCUUCCCUCGACCAUAUAAGGAGAGGCAGCUGCUGGGGGCGUCCCCAGUAUCUAAAGAUAGAGGCUUUUGCCUGGGACUCCAAAUGCCACUGGGCAGGUGGAGCAGCCAUGGCACGGCAGCAUGCCCGGACCCUGUGGUAUGACAGGCCCAAGUAUGUGUUUAUGGAAUUUUGUGUUGAGGACAGCACGGAUGUCCAUGUGCUCAUUGAGGAUCAUCGCAUUGUGUUCAGCUGCAGGAAUGGUGAUGGAGUGGAGUUGUACAACGAGAUUGAGUUCUACGCCAAAGAUUCCCAGGAUAAGAGGUCCGGCCGCUCUAUUACUUGCUUUGUGAGGAAAUGGAAGGAGAAGGUGGCCUGGCCCCGGCUCACCAAGGAAGAUAUCAAGCCAGUGUGGCUGUCUGUGGACUUCGAUAACUGGAGAGACUGGGAAGGGGAUGAAGAGGUAGAGCUGGCUCACGUGGAGCAUUAUGCAGAGGAUGAUUCUGACAGUGCUGAUGCAACAAGUAAUUAACUUUCUGUGACAGCAGAGCUGAGAGGAGAUUAUAACUGCUUUCUGUUGCUCUGAAGAGUCGUGUUCUGGACCUUGUCAGCUCUUUGGCUGUGCACCAGGGUCCUUUGAGAUCUCCGAACUUCCCUAGAA